CGGCCCGUCCUCUGCGCAUGCGCCGCGCUGCUCCAGGAGUGCUGUUUCGGCCUGUUCCGCGGCCGCUCGGUCAUUUUCGCCUCUUUGUUUUACUGAUAGUGGAUUUAACUCGGAUUCAACCCGAUAUCCAGCGGACCGUGCUGCUCCCAAACAGGCUCCAAUGAGAGGCUCUCCAUGAUGAGGAGCUAACACUGUCGGCCGCACAACCGCAGGAAGAGACGUGGCCGCUGCACCAUCCACAGUCGACGCAUGGCGGUAUUAGGGAACCCCGACAUGCUGACGAGGAAGAUAAAGCUGUGUCACAUCAACGCCCACAUCACAUGUCGUCUGUGUGAGGGCUACCUGAUCGACGCCACCACCGUCACAGAGUGCUUACACACCUUCUGUAGAAGUUGCCUAGUGAAGUAUCUGGAGGAAAACAACACGUGCCCCACGUGUAGGAUUGUUAUUCAUCAGAGCCAUCCACUGCAGUACAUCGGCCAUGACAGAACAAUGCAAGACAUUGUCUACAAGUUGGUACCGGGACUUCAAGAGGCGGAGAUAAAGAAGCAGAGGGAGUUCUAUCAGAAGUUAGGGAUGGAGGUGCCUGGAGACAUUAAAGGGGAGCUUUGCAACAUGAAGACUCAUCUAGAUCAGCGCAAUGGCGAUGCAAAAUCAGAGGAUACAGCCAAUAAGGAGGCAGGAGAGGAGAAACCAGAAGAGGACAACGACUAUCACCGCAGCGACGAGCAGGUCAGCAUCUGCUUGGAGUGCAACAGCAGCAAGCUUCGAGGUCUGAAGCGCAAGUGGAUCCGCUGUUCAGCACAAGCCACAGUCCUCCACCUCAAGAAGUUCAUCGCCAAAAAGCUUAACCUGACAUCAUUUAACGAGCUGGACAUUUUAUGCAAUGAGGAAAUCCUGGGGAAGGACCACACAUUGAAAUUUGUUGUUGUGACAAGAUGGAGAUUUAAGAAAUCCCCCCUCCUGCUCCAUUACAGACCCAAGAUGGAUCUGCUGUAGCUAAAACGGACACAACGGUUGUUUUUUUCUUUUUUCCUUUUUGGCCCGGUGGCUGCAGACUGUGCCGAAACUUUUUUUUUUUUUAUUUAUGCAAAGACGAUCAACCAACACCAAGCAAACGCCCGACGGUAAAAGUCAGCAUAAGCCAGCAAAUCGGGAUCUAAAGGGGGGAUGGGGGCGGGGUAAAUACACCACAAAACUGGCAACCUCCAGCACAGAUACUGCAACACUGGUGUGUUUUUUAGGAACUAAAACAACCAUUUUUUGUCCGCUACAUCCUAGAUAUGUGAACAAAACAAAAAGAAAAAAAAAAACAAAUGGAGAGAAAGCAUAUAUUUAUACUUUUGUACAGAAGAGACACAUGGAACCAAGACACUACUGGUGCUCUGUUUACACGCAAACAAGAUGUCGGGAAUCACAUGACCGUCUUUUUGAGCUUUGUGCAGAUUUCAUCCUCCCGAGACAAUGACUGAAAGGAGAGGAGGAAGUUUUUUAUAUAAAAAAGGUUUUUUUUUUCUUUUCUCAAUACACUCGACACUCGUCUUGGGAGCACAGAAAGUAUAUGGAAAAGGUUAUAUAACAGACAUCAAUUUAAGCUGUUUAUCAAGUAAAAUAUCUCUGAAACAUUUUUUUUCCAUUUCAUUUCGUUGGCUUUGUCUAAUUUGCUAUUGGGUUCUUUGAUGAUUGUCAAUUGUGAAUAGACUAAAAUUCUUUGUGUAGUAAUUUAUGUUCUAUAUACCAAUAUUGUACAUAAAAUGUCAUUACAGAGAGAGAUUGAAGAGAGUAAGAGAGACUUUAGACUGUUAAAAAAAAAAAAAAGAGUGGAUCCCAGAAGUGCUAUCUAUAUGUUUUGGGCGAAAAGUGUCCGGAGGUGAUAAAUUAGGAUUUUUAAAGACAGACUCAUUAUCAGUAUCAAAAUAUAUAAAUGCAUCUUUAUGUUGUCUGAGAAAGACACAAAACAGAUAUAUCAAAUCCUUUGCCAUUUGUGUGUACGUGGGGUCUUAGUAUGUUACAUCGCUCUCAUAGCAUUACAAGACUUUAGGGCAGAUAAGGAGAAAGCUUCUAAACUCCGCCCCCGCCCGGCUCCUCAUCUCACCUGCCUUCUACAGAGUACCGUUAUUGUUGUCUCUUGUUUUUUGGACAUCGUUAUCAACAAACCGUAUCUUACCAAUAAUACUACACAUAACACUCAUGCCUGCAAGACAUAAAAAUGCAAUACUUGGCCAGAGAACUAGUUCAUUUUCCACCAUGCAGUCCUUAGUAUCCGUCCCUGUGUUUCUGCAGUCUCUCAGCAGGAAAUACUGAUACACCCACAUGUUUACAGCUUUUAGUUUGAGCUGCUAGCAGCAGAUGUUGUCAGCACCCUGCACCCUUACGCCAUGCAUCUCCUUGUGCGACGUUUGUUGAACAUUUACUACAAAACUCUCCCAAAGCUGCAAUAGAUAUCAUUUUUCUUAAAUGGACACACACACACCAGUCUCACUCGUCUUUAACAGUCUCAUCCUUUUUGCCCAAAUUAAAUUCUGGUGAUAUGUAUGGACAUUUUCUCGCCCAUAGGAAGUGAAUUGACAUUUGUACGAAACAUAAGAGCAAACUGCAGACUGUAAGGUAAACUACAGCGCACCGCAGACAGGCCGGUUUGAUAAAGAUCACUGAUGUCACAAAGUUGCGUUGCUUGGGUAUAUUUCAGUUACUUCUCACUGCCAGUUGGAAUCACAAACGUUCAAAGUUGCACAGUGUUUAAGAAAAUCAGUUGAACAUUUCUGAAAGUUACGUGAAUAUAGUUUUUUUUUUUGACAGAAUCAGUAUAAAACUUGGAAUAUUUUGCAGAGUAGCCAGUGUUCAAUAUUGUUGACUUCAGACACAAAUUUACGAGUCUUUUUGAGAAAUAACUCGCAAAUUCAGGUUUCGCACAGGGACUGAGGUUUUUUGAACAUUUUGAUAAUGAAAUUCUGAAUAAAAUGACUACUGUUUAGUCAUUUGGUGCUUAUUAAUGUAUGUUUCUAAUCUUGAGGAGGACUGUUCCUCAGGAACAUGCUGUUCUUAACUGUGUGACACAGCAAACCAAUGUUCUGUCUAAUGAGAAAAUGUCUUAACUCACAACAUUCAAAGCAAACUGUCUGCAACCUUACCACAACUGGAUCCUUAAACGCCAUGUCAGACCUCAAGUAGUAUUACCUCACUGACCUGUCUGGUCAGUAAUUAAAUGAUUAUUAUUUACCCUUUGCAUUGUAUCUGCCCACAACCAGCUGUUUUGUCUGUAUGUUCAUAUGCAGGGUUCCUCUAAUAGUCCUGAUAAAUAUUGUAAUUUUAAAACUGUAAACUUUGAAAUUGGAUACGAAGUGAAAGGUUCACUCAUUAUAAACGAACAUUUGUUGGAAAGUCCCAUUAUCGUUGCAGUUUUGUAUUGUCGUCUUCAGGUAGAGUCAGUCAUGUCAAACACCAUCGUGCAGCCUCUCUCACAAACUGUAAAAUUUGGGAUUUGGAAAUGGAACCCUGUGUAGGAACCCUGCUACAUGAGGACCUAUGACUUGUGUAUAAAAUCAGUGUGUUCAUAGCCUACAGGUCUGUACCGAACCAGCUCGACCAAAACUCCUCCCACAGUCUCUGAUAUCAUCUCUGUAUGUUUCAGUUCACUUCUCAUGGUAACCUGUGUGUUUCAAGCCCUAAUCCACCUCUGUAAAGUGCUCAUUGUUUUUGGUUUUUGAUACCAUGUUGUAUCCAAACUCAUGGAGAGUAUGUGUUCAUAAAAAGCUCGAGACGCUCGGACCCUGAUGUGUCUUUUUGUCAGUCUAGGUGAAAAUCUGAUUAUAAAUUUAGAAUCUGCAGCACAAACAUUCAGCCUUUGAGUCUUUCUUCACAUUUUUCUCUUCUUUUAUUUCUGUAAUUGUGACUUUUUGAAGAAUAGAAACAAACCAAAUCUGAAAUUUGUGUUUUUAUCCAGGUAAAAAAAAAAAAAUAUUUGACCUCCACUAAAAAACCAAAAACAAUGAGCCUCACAUGUUUGGUCAGGUCAUGGAAAAGUGCUGUGUUAGUUCUUGCUGUUAUGUCUUUGUAAGAUCAGACUUGGUGUUUUAAAGGUUUAUACACAGGUCAUUGUUUCCCUCCACACUCUGAGGUCCAUGUUGAAGUGAUAUGGUUCACAGUUUUCAAGUUGUGACAAUGACCCUGACCCCGAAGCCACUCAUCUGGCAUUUUAAUGUAAUUCUGCAAUUUCAGUCUUUGAUCUGAGUCCACGUCAUGUUUAAAGUGUUGUCACCUGAGAGCAUUCAGUCUGUUUAUGAUCAAAUCUCUUAAAAUGUACAUCAGCUUUUUCCUCAGGUGAUUAAGCUGAAAAACACCCAACAAGGUGCUAUGAUGAUGCUAUAAUGAUGACUGCAGAGAAAAAUGUUAAACACGUGUUUCUGUGUUGAGCUGAACGCUGCAUAGACUGCUUUGUACUGUUCUGAAGGACUGGCUUCGAAACAAAGGUUACAUUUGUGCAUUUUUAUUCCCCCUUUUUGUUUGACAUGGUGGCGUUCACACUGCACCACUCUUCCAGAUUUUUCUUGAUCACGUCAGAGAGACAACGUUGGAAGUUCAGAGACUUGAAACGAGAAAAACAAAAUGAAUUCACAGAAAUCUGGUGAGAGGCCAGCAGCAUGACUUCAGCUCUGUAGAUUCAGUCGACUGCAACUUUUCUGUUAGCGCUAUGUUAACUUUUUUAAUUGUUGCAUCACAGUUGAUAAAAAUCUGAUGUGCAAGAGUUUGAAUUUCAACACAAACGGCUGCAGUGUGAACAAAACCUUUGACUGUAGUUUUUGAGUAUUGGUCCUUGAACCCUGGGAAAUGUGUGAUGGAACAGGGGAACCUGAUGGAGAGGGUGGGGGGGGGGCUUUGCCACAGUGACAGUCAUCAGUGGUCUUUGUCUCUGGUGCUUUCUAUGGUGCUAACAACUCCUGUGUUUCAAACUUCUUUAAGAGAUUCAGUCAGAGACAGAAAAGCACUGUGUUGCAAAGUUCUCCUGUCGCCUUUUUUUGUGCCCGAGUCCUGGGGUGUCUUCUCUUGUCAGAGCUGCCUCGCUGUGCAGAUAAAGAAGGUGCUUUUUUUUUAAAUGUCUUUUUUCAUUUAUGUGUUGGGUUUAUAGUUUACCCACUUGCCUAGGCGUGCUCUGGAAAGCAAACAGAGGGAGUUUUAAAUAAGUCAUAGACUGUGACGGGUCUGAUGCUGUGAAAAAUAAGAGAAUUGGUGAGAAAUUGGGUGUGCUAGCUGCAAUUUCCUGCCUCAAAGAGAAACUCACACUUAUUACAGGCCUCUCUGGUGAGAUGUUUGUGCCUCUGAGUCAGAUUGAGACUUGCUUCAAUCUCUAACACCUAAUUGGCCCUGCAAGUCUAAAACGUCCAUUACCGCAAAAUCACAUACAGCUGAUUUUUAAAAAAUAUUUCCAAAGUUUUCUUGAGCUUUUUGGAGAUUUGACCCUCUCACCACCAGCUUGCAAAUGUUGCCGGCUGCAUCUUCCACCUCCCAUGGACCAGAAUGGAUCAAUGUUCAUGCUUUUUUUUUAUCAGCACUAACAUUGAGACAUCAGUGCCGCUAUGCUUGACAGCCAAGCUAAGAGGCUUACAGGAGGCUUGACUCUGCCUGGCUGCAGAUAGGGGUCGGUAUCAGCUCCGAAAGGUCUCCGGCGCAGAGCAAGGCCAGGAUCUGUCAAGAGUUUCAGCUCUUGUGCUCGUCUUCUCGGCUCUGACCUUGAACACCUGCCAGGGCUGUUUGUUAUCUCCUGCUCGGAUCCGUGUGAAGCUCAUGGGUGAGCCACGUGAAAUUUCGAUUGAAGAUGGUUUCACAGCUUCACGUGGACCAUCAGCGCCAGAAGAUUGCUGGUCUACCACCAUGGUGUGGAGACGAGUAAACAGUUCAUUGGGGCUGCUUUGUACACAGUUUCUGAACUCAGACAUGUCAGAAGCUUGCUCUCUGAAGGCAGCAGCAUUCAUUUCAAGCCUGUUGGCAGCAGAAUCAUUCCUGGCAACUUAAAAUGGCUCCUCUGUGUUUACUCCACUGUAAUAAGUGUCCACUCUGAGAGUGUGAUAGCUUUCUUUGUUGCCCAGCGCACUCUUUCUCCCUCAUUUCCGAGUUCUCUGUAAAGCUCAGUAAUCUCACGGGCGGGCGUUAUGUGUGACAGAGAGGGAGACCGAGGGUCAGUCAGACGGCUACACAGACUCAAACACACUCUAAAAAAAACACAGAUUGUCUGGCCGCUGCCUGCUCUCGAAGGCUGCUCGGCUCUGAAAAGUACCACACUCAAGUGCACUGAAUCACGUCGCCAUGGGUGGAGUUGCAGUUUGAAGAGCAAAUGACUUGACAUUUGUGUACAAGUUGCUAGAUUGAGACUGCUGGCCUCGGUGAUUCCCAGAUAAACUGGGACGUUGGUCAUCAGCUACCAAACCUCACAGUGGCAUGCCCCCAUGAGCUACAGCAGAUGUCAUCAAUGAAUCUGUCCAGUUUUGUAUUAUUGUUAUUUAUUUAUGCUGAAUAAGUGACUUCUGCAGUAGUUUCUUGGUUAAUGAAUUUUUGAGAAGAGAUUCGCGCUCCUUUUUUGCUCUCAAAUUGUAUUUUCUUUUUUUUUUUGGUGAAACCUAUACUGGACUCAUGCAUAAAAUGGCUUAAAUUAUGAAUUUGCAAUUGAAUUCCCUUUUUUUGUAUUAUUCUUAGUGUGUUAAUGUCUUCGCAAUGCUCUGUCUAUGUAUAACAAACACAUAGGUGUGUUCUUUUCUAGGGUAAGCGCAAAAAAAAAGAAAAAAAAACAAACUUAAAAUUGUGUGAAUCUGGCAAUGUGGUUAUUGUAUUUGCAAGGAAAAUGUGCAAUAUACGGUUCUCAGAUGGUUCCAGGUUUCAGCGCAGAACUCCAGUGUUUUAUUUUUUACUGUUUCUUUUUUCCAGUCAGUUCCUCAGGUCACUAAAUGCCUUCUGGUCCUGAGGGUGACCAGGAAAUCUCAGAACAUACACUAAUGCACCCGAAAUACAAAAACGACUGGAUUUUACUUUAGUCUUGUCUCUCUCUCUUUUCUUUCCUCCCCCCCUUUCUUCUUCUGUGACAUUUUUUUCCCUCCAGGUUAACGCAGGCACUUAUUCAGGUGUCCUUUUCCUUGCCUCCUUUUGUAUUAUUGUUAUUUAUUGCACAUGUAAUGAACUGGUUUCCAUUGCCACAUUUAAUUCAAGGAGUUUUGGGUCUAGAAUGGGGCUGGAAUUUCUUACAUACAAAACUACAGAAGCUUUUGUCAAAAUUUAAGUGUGUAUUUCAUCAAUAAAUGCCUUUAAAAGUG